UUAAUAUCCCGGCCGCGAGUCGGAAUCGUCAUCAGUCAUCGUUUUACCGUUCGCUGGAGGUAUCGAGGAUCUCUCUUCGCAAGUAACGCGCGUCAAAGGACUUUCGGCGGAGCAAACCGACGAUAUAUAUUCUGUUGGUAAAGUUUACACGCUAAACCAUGAAGGAAGGCAAAGCUCUACUGCUGAUGGUGGGGCUGCUCUCAGUCGCCACAAUCGCGAAGGAGGAUAAAGAGAAGGAAGAUAUUGGUACGGUGAUAGGAAUUGAUCUGGGUACGACCUAUUCCUGCGUUGGGGUUUACAAGAACGGCCGCGUGGAGAUAAUAGCCAACGAUCAGGGUAACCGUAUCACGCCGUCUUACGUGGCGUUCACCAACGACGGUGAACGUCUGAUCGGCGACGCUGCCAAGAAUCAACUGACGACGAAUCCGGAGAACACUGUGUUCGAUGCUAAACGGUUGAUCGGCCGUGAGUGGUCGGACCCGACUGUGCAGCACGAUGUGAAAUUCUUCCCGUUCCCUGUCAUCGAGAAGAACAGUAAACCGCACAUCAAGGUCGAGACUAGCCAGGGUGAGAAGGUGUUCGCGCCCGAGGAGAUUUCAGCUAUGGUGCUGGGCAAGAUGAAGGAGACCGCCGAGGCAUAUCUCGGCAAGAAAGUCACUCAUGCUGUGGUCACCGUGCCGGCUUACUUUAAUGACGCACAAAGACAGGCGACUAAGGACGCUGGAACGAUCUCUGGUCUGGUCGUAAUGAGGAUUAUCAAUGAGCCGACUGCCGCCGCGAUUGCGUACGGUCUGGACAAGAAAGAUGGCGAGAAGAACGUGCUGGUAUUUGAUUUGGGCGGCGGUACCUUCGACGUGAGUCUGCUUACCAUCGACAAUGGUGUAUUUGAGGUCGUCGCUACUAAUGGCGACACCCACUUGGGUGGCGAAGACUUCGAUCAGCGCGUAAUGGAUCAUUUCAUCAAAUUGUAUAAGAAGAAGAAGGGCAAGGAUAUCCGCAAGGACAACCGAGCUGUGCAAAAACUGCGUCGCGAAGUCGAAAAGGCCAAGCGAGCGCUCAGUGCUAGCCAUCAGGUUAGGAUUGAAAUUGAAUCGUUCUUCGAGGGCGAGGACUUCUCCGAGACGUUGACCCGUGCCAAAUUUGAGGAGCUGAACAUGGACCUCUUCCGAAGUACCUUGAAACCUGUGCAGAAAGUUCUGGAGGAUUCUGACAUGAGCAAGAAAGAUGUAGACGAGAUUGUUUUGGUCGGCGGUUCGACUAGGAUUCCGAAAGUUCAGCAGUUGGUUAAGGAAUUUUUUGGCGGCAAGGAACCGUCGCGGGGCAUUAACCCCGAUGAAGCCGUCGCUUAUGGUGCCGCUGUACAAGCUGGUGUGCUCUCCGGAGAACAGGACACUGAUGCUAUUGUACUUCUCGAUGUUAAUCCUCUCACCAUGGGUAUUGAAACUGUCGGAGGUGUGAUGACUAAACUCAUUCCAAGAAAUACAGUCAUUCCCACGAAGAAAUCUCAGAUCUUUUCCACGGCGUCCGACAGUCAGCACACCGUCACGAUUCAGGUGUACGAAGGCGAGCGUCCCAUGACAAAGGACAAUCAUUUGCUCGGCAAGUUUGAUCUGACCGGCAUUCCGCCGGCGCCGCGCGGUAUACCGCAGAUUGAAGUAACCUUCGAGAUCGAUGCCAACGGUAUUCUGCAAGUGUCCGCCGAAGACAAGGGCACUGGCAAUCGUGAAAAGAUCGUCAUCACGAAUGACCAGAACCGCCUGACGCCCGACGACAUCGAACGGAUGAUCAAGGAUGCAGAGAAGUUCGCCGAUGACGAUAAGAAGCUUAAAGAGCGAGUGGAAGCGCGCAAUGAGCUCGAGUCGUACGCGUAUUCGCUCAAGAAUCAAUUGGCCGACAAGGAAAAGCUCGGUUCGAAAGUGAGCGAUGCGGACAAGACUACGAUGGAGGAAGCGAUCGAGGAGAAGAUCAAGUGGUUGGAGGAGAAUCAGGACACCGAUCCAGAAGAAUACAAGAAACAAAAGAAGGAGCUUAGCGAUAUCGUUCAGCCGAUCAUCGCCAAGUUGUAUCAGGGCGCAGGCGGUGUCCCACCUACCAGCGGCGGUGACGAUGAAGAUGUCAAGGACGAGCUUUAACUGCAAGCCGCCGAUCCCGCUCCCUUCGGUUCGCGGUUUGGACUGAUUACUCGCCUCCACGAGCAAAUACUUUACAGAAGUGUCGUUAAUACACAAUAAUUACGAAAAGCUGAGAAAGGGAUGGAUACGGUUCUCACCGUACGUUUAGCUUUAAAAGUGUGACUGUCUGGUUCUCUAAAUUUCCCCUAGAUAAUGUGUAGCAUAUCUAAAAUUUAAGACACUUAGGUUAGAAAGACAUUUGAAGCUAAAUGUGCAGUGAGAAAUAUACGAGUCUUUGUUGUAAAUCGUCAAUGUACAUUUAAGAAAAGUGCGAGAAAGUGCUGAGGAUGCCGGGAUGUCUCGUCGGAUUUUUCGUACACUCCACGUAAGAGUACUUGGACAAAUAUACGUUAUAAAUACGUUAAAUAUUUAUUAAUAUAUAGAAAAUUUUAAUAAUUGUUUAUAUCGGUCCUAACAUCGUCUCGCCUUUUCUUUGAAUGAGCAAUUCUAUCUUGCGUUGUAAAUUGAUCGCUCGACUAUGUACAUACAAGAUGCGGACGAGAGAACUCCGCGCUCGAUCGGAUUAUAAUAAAACGAAAGUUUAAUGAUGUAUGCAAAUUUAGAGAUAUGUGCAAUACACAUUGUUGUUUGAAGAUUUCGUUUUAUUGUGCUUCAUUCGAUUGCGCUUGACUCGUUCGAUUUUGAAUUGUACGAUGCCAAUAUAGGAACGAAGGUAUUGUCGUAUGGAAAUCAUCGUCAGCCAGUCUCUGUAUUGUGUUUGCUAAGGAGGAAUUUAACCCUCUCGAUGGAGAGAGAAAGAGAGAGAGAGAGAGAGAGGGAGGGAGAACAACCUGGCGUAAGAGGGCCGGGGGAGGGAUCUUUCCGACGCUCUGCUCAUUCCUCCCCCGCGACAAACACAUACACACAUACACAUACAUUGACUCCACUGCGUCGUUAAUUUAUUUCGAGUUGUUUUGUAUGUCCCAUUAAGUGUAAUAAUGAUAAUCGAUUAAUCGCGGAGCAAAGCGCGUUAAAGGUUUGUUCGCGAGUAUGCGUGAGAGAGUGAAUGGUGAAUGCGCGGAUACGCGCACGGGCUUGUAACUCGUAUACUGCCAUCGAGUUACAUCGUACUGUGUACAAUGUAGCCCAGUCUCUACGUGUGUGAGCGCAAACAUGUAUCAAUAUCGUAAGAAUAAAGAUUUUUUUCAGUAAACCGUA